AUGAUUACUGCCCUUGGAUUUGGCGUCUUUAGUUGGAGUUCAUUGAAGACUGCUAUCGGCGGUGAGGGUGGCUCUUCGCUAGCAGAGGUUACCAGUGGCGGCUUUAUUUGGAUCACAAUUACCAGCGGUGUCAUUUUUACUACAAUGCACGUACAAGACUUGAAAGAUGUCCUGGACGAUAAGGCUAGAGGACGGAAGAUGGCACCCUUACUUCUAGGGGAAAAAGCGGCUCAAUGGACACUCGUGAUUCUCAUUCUACUUUGGAGCUCGGCCUGCGCCUGGUUUUGGGGUGCGUGGAUAAUGGGUUCCAUAACGGCGAUAUUUGGAAAUUACAUAGCAUGGCGAUGCCUUCAUUUACAUGGAAAUGUAGAAGACCGGAAGACAUGGCAAAUGUGGUGUGAGUGGACAGCUUUGAUCUCGCUUAUGUCUCUUGGACGUUAG